AUGGCUAACAGGGGUCCGAGCUAUGGCUUAAGCCGAGAGGUGCAGGAGAAGAUUGAGCAGAAGUAUGACGCGGACCUGGAGAACAAGCUGGUGGACUGGAUCAUCCUGCAGUGUGCCGAGGAUAUAGAGCACCCGCCCCCGGGCAGGGCCCAUUUUCAGAAAUGGUUGAUGGACGGGACGGUCCUGUGCAAGCUGAUAAACAGUUUGUAUCCACCAGGACAAGAACCCAUCCCCAAGAUCUCAGAGUCAAAGAUGGCUUUUAAGCAGAUGGAGCAAAUCUCUCAGUUCCUGAAAGCUGCCGAGAUCUACGGGGUCAGGACCACUGACAUUUUUCAAACAGUGGAUCUAUGGGAAGGGAAGGACAUGGCAGCUGUGCAGAGGACUCUUAUGGCUCUGGGCAGUGUUGCAGUUACCAAGGAUGAUGGAUGUUACCGGGGAGAGCCUUCCUGGUUUCACAGGAAAGCCCAGCAGAAUCGGAGGGGAUUUUCAGAGGAGCAACUUCGCCAGGGACAGAAUGUCAUAGGCCUGCAGAUGGGCAGCAACAAGGGUGCCUCCCAGGCAGGCAUGACGGGGUACGGGAUGCCCAGGCAGAUCAUGUAA